UUUGAUUCGGACACAGGCGGAUGGCUCUUUUUUUGACGCCGCGUUAUUUCAUUCACUCCGGUGAAGUCGUUUAAGUAUUAUAUUUGAGUAAGUUUUAAAAGUACUUCAGUGAUGUUUGUUAUAAUCGGCAUAUAACGUUUCUGAGCAGAGUUUCUGUGAGAAACUGAGCAGUUGUUUGACGUUCGUCGAGUGUUUGUUUGAUUUCUGAAGCUCGCAGCGAGAUGACGGAGUUUAUCACCGAGCAAGCCCGAGAAUUCUGGGAGAACGUGGAUGUUGAGGAAGUGUUUGAUGACCUUCUGGACAGACUUAAUCAAUUAAGAUACUCCAUCACACACAACACUGCUACUGACAGAGAUUAUGUUCAGGCCAUGAAGAUCGUUCUGGAGUCGGAGCUCAGGAGCGAAGGCAUCCAGGAGGUGCUGAUUAAUGAAGAGAUCCUGAAGGUGACCGUAUCAGAGUCCCAGUGUUCUCCGGAGAACCCGAGGAACGGAGUGGAGACGGACAGCUCACGGCUCUGCAGGGACGGCGAGUCGAGCUCCGAUCACAGCCAGACGUCUGCAGCGGGUCGAGCCGAGCUUCUGCGCUCUCCUCUGAGCUUCUGCUCUGAAGAGCCCAGGUCUCCGGUGCAUCUGGUCUAUCAUCCUCACGACUGCAGCUGCGCAUGCGUCCCGCGGCUGGCCGACCACGCUGACCGCUUCCUGGGUCACAACCCUCUGAGAGCGCCCAUGCUGUGCUGCUUCCAGCGCCACUGCGAGCCGGACGCCUCGGACGCCGCCGUGCUUUAUAAAGCGCCGUGUGGACGGAGCCUGCGCUCGCUGGACGAGGUUCUGGAGUUCCUGCUGCAGUCGGAGAGCCUCGGCGUGCUGCAUCCGGACAACUUCAGCUUCGACCCGCAGGUCUCUCCAGAGAACCAGGCGCGAGCUCCGUCCUCGUCUGCGCCGCUGUUCGAGCGCGACCUCAGCCGCGGGAUCGAGCCGAUUCACGUCUCUCUGUUCAACGAGCUGGACGGGACUCGGCCCAAAGACUUCCGCUACAGGAAAGAGCGCUGGCCGCACGGCUGCUUCCUGAGCGCCGCUCCGCUCUUCACCGUGUGCUGCGACUGCACCGACGGCUGCGCAGACGCCCGGAGCUGCGCUUGCGUUCAGCAGACGCUCAGAAGAGCCGGAGAGCAGCAGGCGUACACACACCAGAGACUGAGAGCGCCCCUGAGAGCCGGGGUGUUGGAGUGCGGGCCGUGGUGCGGCUGUCCGAGGAGCCGCUGUCAGAACCGCGUGGUUCAGAAGGGUCUUCGCGUCCGGCUGCAGGUGUUUCGUACGAUGGACCGCGGCUGGGCCGUUCGCUGCAGAGACGACCUCGACAAGGGGACCUUCGUCUGCAUCUACGCAGGCGUGGUUCUCCGUCAGCAGCAGAGCGUGGAGGAGCCGACGGAUGGAGAGCCGGUCGUGUCUGAUGACGAGGUGGAGGUGGUGGAGGAGUGGACGCUGCCCUCAGGACCCACGGAGACGGUCAGCGAGCCGCUGGACUGCUCUCCACCGCUGUAUGUGCCCGUGAUCCAGAGACCCUCCGAUCAGAGUCCACUCGCUUCGCUCAAGGAUCAGCAGCAGCUGAGCGUCUCGUCUCUGGACUGCAGUGAGAACGGGACCGAGGCGUGUGAGGAGGUCGCCAGUAAGAAGCCCAGACUGACCGAAUCGAACGGACACGGCGUUGAGAUCAGCACACACUCGCUGCACAGACACACACACACACACACACACACACACGAGCAGCUCUACUACCUGGACGCUUCCAAAGAGGGCAACGUCGCCCGCUUCUUCAACCACAGCUGUGAGCCGAACCUCUUCGUCCAGAGCGUCUUCACGGACACACACGACCCUCAGUUCCCGCUCAUCGCCUUCUUCACGAGCAGGUCCGUUAAAGCAGGAACUGAACUGACCUGGAACAGGAAGUGAGCGUGAUCAUGUGACUCGUCUGAUUGAAACUCUGCUAAAGCUCCAGAGAAACCACGAAGGGUCCGUCUGGUUCAUACUGUAAUGACUGCAAAGACUUCAUUAAAAGUGUAAAAAUCA